GUCAACAACUUGUUUACCGUUUACUCCAUAAUUUUUCUUCUGGUAAAUUUGAAUUUCGGCGAAUAUUUGAGAUGGGUGAAGAAGGUGAAUAUGAAAAUGAACAUAUAGAAGUCUCGAAAAAAGGGCGACAUCGUAAAAAAUUACUUUACAAUUCAAUCUUACAAUUAAUGGAAUUUUACUUCAGUGAUUCUAACCUUGCUAAAGAUAGAUUUCUUUCACAAUUAAUUAGUGAAAAUCCAUUUGUAGAUAUAAACAUAUUUUUGAAAUUCAAUAAAAUUAGAAAAUUAAACUGUACUCUAGAUGAUAUACGAAAAGCAAUUAGUAAGUCCGAUAUGAUAGAACUAUCAGAAUGUAAAGAAAGAAUAAGAAGGAAGAUGCCGAUAAAAAUUAAUGAAAAUGUAGACAAUUGUACAAUAUAUGUUGAAAAUAUUAAAGCUGAUGCUAACCAUGAGUGGGUUUCACAGAUAUUUUCAGAAUUUGGAAAUGUGGUUUAUGUUUCAAUACCAAAAUACAGACAUAAUAAAACAAACAAAGGUUUUGCUUUUGUUGAGUUUGAAGAUGAAAACAGUGCUAAAAAUGCUCUUACAUACUUUGAGAGUAUUGGGUGUAAAAUGCCAUCAGAAACAAACCCAGAGAAUUUAAAAAGUAUUCAGACAUUUCAGGAAAAAGAUGCAGAUGAUUUAACCAAUUCAGAGUAUGCUACUGAUACAAAAGCAAACAAACCUGAGGAACUGCUAUCUACUACAAAGAGGAAGAAAGAGGAAGAUUCAAAUGAAUGCAAUAAAAAAAGAAAACUGGAUUGUCAGGAAACUAACAAAGAUCAAAUAGAAAAUAAUGAAUGUGACAAUAUAAGCAAGUCUGAAGAAGAUUCUAACAAAAAAAUAAAAGCGGACACUGAUGACUCUGAUCCAAAAACAGAUCAUCAAGAAAAUAUGGAAUUUGAAGAUACUGAACAUAAGAAGAAGAAAAAGCACAAGAAAGAUAAAAAGAAAAGUAUUAUUAAAGAGAUAGGUCUACAAAUUUUAUCAAAGCCAGAAUGGAAAAAAAUGAGAAAUAGAUAUUUGGACCUACAGAAAAAGAAAAUGAAGGAAUUCAAACAAUAUUUAAAUAAACCGAAAUUCAGUCAGAAACAUGAUAAAUUCAAGAAGGGGAAUAUUGACAACCAACAAAGCUCUCAAGAAGAAAACCAGAAGGAAGAGCCGAAUGUAAAAUUAACAUUUUUAAGUGGAGUGAUUGUAAAAGUGACACUACCAGAACCAGUGAUAGAUGCCAAAAAAAUAAAGAACGAAAUCAAGUCAUUUUCAUCAGAUAUUAAAUACGUUGAUAUACCUGUACCUGCCGGCUGCGAGGAAAUUUUUGUAAGAUUCUCUAGUUCGGAGUGUGCCAAAGAAUUUUGCAAUAAAGAAUAUCCGGGUGACAAGACUUUGUUGGAAGGAGAUGAAGAACAAAUGUAUUGGGAAAAAAUACAGAAUGACCGAAUCAUAAAAUUUUCAAAAAAUGUUAAAAAACAAAGAGGAAGAGACAAGCUUCUGAAGAAAGCGGAGAAAGAAAGGGCUAAGCAUAUUAAGUUUGAUGAAGGGGAAUGAUGAUUUACCAAUGUUUUGUAUUUCUAUAAAUGUAAGUUUCUAUAGAUUUAAGAUUAUAUAGAUAUAAGAAACAUUUAACUUGUUUACUGUAAUUGUAAUCAAUAAAUAAAGAUUUAGUUUGAUCGA